CUAUCAUCACCGUUGAUGUCUGCCCUUAUCGGAAAGACUCUGCUCACACAAGACGGCACCAAAGUGAAGGCUGAUGAUGUGCUCGCUGGGAAAGAGAAGAUUGCCUUGUACUUCUCGGCUCACUGGUGCCCCCCUUGUCGCAAGUUCACUCCCAUACUAAAGGAGUUCUACGAGGAAGUGAAGGAAGAGGACGGCGAGGACAAGUUGGAGAUCAUAUUUAUAUCUAGUGACAACUCCGAGGAGGAACAGGUGGAGUACCACAAGGAGGACCAUGGGGACUGGCUGAGAGUGCCAUACAGUGAUGUUGAGACCAGAGAUGCUCUUAAGAAGGAGUUUGGUGUGUGUGCGGGGAUCGAGAAGGAGAAUCUGGGCAUCAUCAAUGACGACCAUAAAUCAGGCAUACCCUGCCUUCUUGUAUUGGACGAGGACAAGCGGAGUGUGAAGGUCUUCGAUGGCGUGAAUGACGUCAAGACGAUGGGCCCAGUAGCCGUCGAUAUGAAGUGGUGAUAACACCUCCUUUGCAGUU